AUGACAAUUGUCGUUUUUCUCAUCGAUUCCAGUGCCUCGAUGGCCCAAAAGACUUAUCAAGGCACCGCGAUGCUGGAUGUAGCGCGGUCAGUCGUUGAAUUGAUCCUCAAGCAACGGGUACGUGAUGCAAGUGCGCGUGGUGAUCGAUAUAUGCUGAUGUCGUUCGAAGAAUUUCCUAUAAAUGUAAAGGCAGGAUGGCGAGAAAGCCAAAGUAUCUUCCAAGAACAAUUGAAAAUGCUUAAACCGCAUGGUCUAACGUCUUUUGGUGCUGCAUUAGGCUCAGCAUUAAGAUUUGUGAAUGUGAAUCGACUUCAAACUGGCAUUGACAAUUUUGGUGCUGGUCGUUAUCCAUUCUAUAUCGAACCAGUUGUUAUAAUUAGUAUAACUGAUGGUAACUGUUUGACAUGUCCUCAGUUUGGAACUGUUAAUGAGAUUAAAGUUGCGAAGCCUACGACCAUUGGAAAUGAAAUGAUUGAAGAACCGUUCAGAUGGGAUCAGCGUCUCUAUUCAAUAGUUCUGCGUCUCGGCGGUAAUACUCCCGUGGGAAAAGUUUGUCCUGGAAUGAAUAUACCUUCCGACAAUAGCCCUAUUGAUGCGAUGUGUGUUGCAACCGGAGGACGAUCAUAUUGCGUAUCAUCGCAUAAGAUGCUAGCUAUAUGUGUUGAAUCGGUUGUUCAAAAACUGCAGCAACAGGGAAUCGUCUUGCGUUUCGAAAAGUACGGACCAGAUCCUAUAUUAAAUUCAGAUCGAACAAACGGCAUUGUUGAAAACGGAAGUUCGAAAAAAAAUGGUGAAUUAACAUCUGUUGGUGGUAAAUCAUUUAAUUCAGAUAACUGGCAUAAUGUUACCUGUACCGUUUAUUCGCGUGCGUCUCGAUCAUACCCCGGUCACUGGCCCAUUCCAGAGGCGUUUUGGCCCGAUCGUAGCAUGGUAAGUUUACCGCCACGAAAAGCUCAUCCGGUGAUCUCAUUUCGUUGUGAACCUUGUGAACCUCUUGUUUGUCAAGAUUUUCCAUUUGACAAAUAUGAGCUUGAACCUUCGCCUUUAACGAGGUUCAUAUUAGAGCGUAAACAACCUGGAGUCUGUUGGCAGGUUUUCGUUCAUAAUUCAAGUGUAGUUGGGAGUUCACCGGCUCCUUUCGGAUACCUCAAAGCAGCCACCAAUUUAUCAUGUGUAAAUUUAUUUAUAAUGCCUUACAAUUAUCCGUUUUUGCUUCCGCUAAUUGAGGAAAUGAAGAUGGACUCGAAAGCCAAAAAUAGCCAUUCCUGGAGGUUGCGUUUGGAAAAGUAUUUGGCCACAGUGCCAAGUUACUAUGUACAGCCACUUAAAAAGGCAUUUACCCGGCUAAAUAUCUCACAUCCAAUGUUGGAACCAGAUCAAAUGCAACAAUAUUCGUAUAACAUAUUGUCUUACAUUGCGAAAGUGAAACAUAUGGCUCGUGAAGAAUUCGAAUCACUGUGUAAUACUGUGGCAGCAUCAUUACAAAUCUCGGUCCCGCUUAUAUCUUUGGUUGCUGUUCAGAAGCGUACGCGUCUCCGGGAUAGUCGGAAUAUAAAAAGGAUCUCUGCAUAUAAUGACAUGGAUAGUUUUCAUGGGUUCCAGGUACAAGUUGAUAUCCCUAAAAUAUUGAUCGCUCCAUCAUUACAAUUUCGGAAUCCAUUUGAAAUUAGACGAGGUAGACUCUUCGAACAAGUGCAGAAAAUGCGAAUUAAUUUGAUGCAACAACUCAACGUUGGACAGAUACCGAUAUUUGAGGGUGGUCGUCCGGGUACCAAUAUCAAAUUACAACAUGCCGAGGAUUUGCACAACCUUCCCAUUGGUCAGAUGGGAAAUUAUCAGGAAUAUAUCAAGAGCCUUGAGGCUGUUGGGCGUGGUCCACUUAGAGAAGUUGAACCACAAGCAAUUCGCGUACAUGCAUUUGGGAAUCCAUUUAAAAUCGAUAAGAAAACCAUGACAGUGGACGAAGUGGGUGAAGGAAACUUAUUGGGAACUUCUCCGAAAGUAGAAACUUCAAAAAAAAGGUUGUCAUCGACUGGUUCAGGUGCUUCUAGCACAGAUAGCAGUCGUCCGCCCCGGCGAAAGGCGGGGCCUUUAGCAGCAGACUCCUUGUCUCAAUGGCGUUGUAGGCGACGACGGCGGCGUAGCGUAUCCUCAUAUUCAUCAGUUACUUCUUUAUCCGAUCUCGAAUUAGCUUCUCAUAGUUCCGAUCUCUCUCCCGAAGAUACUCGUUACGGACCGUCUACAUCGGGUUUAAACGGUAAUCUUGAACGUAAAUUAAAUGGUGAUGUGCAUGAAAAGUCGCCGAAAAGAGUCGCUUCAGCAGGAUCUCAAUUUUCACCAGUGCAGAAAAAAUCACGUUUAGAAGGUACAUCGCGCUUAGAAGAAUCGGCAUUGAAGGAGAAGAAAUUACUUUUGGGCAAAUUUGUAAGAAAACUCGUAGACGCUGAAAAAGUGAUGCAAAGCAUGGAAGUAAAAGAUCUUUGUAUCGUAGAUCGUAGGAUAUGCUUACGUUAUGCAUUACGAGAAGCAAAACGAUUUCGGAGGAAAGCACUGGUAGAUCUUAUAAUCAAGCAGCUGAAUCAAAUGUUGCCGGAUGCUUCCAUCAAUGAAGAUCUGUAG